AUGGCCGCAAUCAAUGCAUCGAUCCCGGUGAACGCGAUAAACUACACGGUCAGUGCAAAUCUGAACUCGAUGAUGCUUUUCAGCUUUCUGAUUGGAAUAUACACAAUGGUUUAUGGAGGAACAAUGUAUCUAUACAACUUCGCUGUCGAGUGGUACUGGCUAAGUUGGCCCCUUGUCCAGAAUGGAGAUACUCGAGCCACGACAUUUCAGGCAACACUCGACAUUCCAGUAUGGGUGUAUCUAAUCGAUAAUGUUAUGUUCGACCUUGUUCUUGUCGUCUCAGAUGGACUGCUCAUACCUGAAGUGAGAACAAUUGUAGCGCUAGCUCUUACUGACAUCGUUCUCGAUGGCAUUAUCUCAGAGUACACUACUGAAACCAAAGCACUGUUAACCAACAACAUUCAAACCGCAGGAGGGUUCUUAUCCCUAGCAAUUAUCGAAUCAUCCUCCAUCUAUACACUGGGUCUCCUUGUAUAUGCCCUCACGCUAUCAAUUCCUGUAUUUUCUGAUGUUAUGUCGCCUACGCUCGAGGUGGUGUACUACAUUGCAACACUGCUAUUCAUUGUCGCGGGAAUGGCACCUACAGCUAUGGUCGCUAGACUGGCACUUCCACCUCGAGAAGUCGCUGAAUCAUCUGAUCUGAUAACCCAUAUAUCUGGGACUGAUUCCAUAUCGGAAAGAGGGAAUAGAGGAGAAGAAUGUCUGCAGGUUGGUGAUGGAGAGCAGAUCGAGGCAAUGUCACUCAAUCAACAUUUACACGGCCUUGAGAUUCCAACAGACAACGAAGAACAACUCUAG